AACAAACAGAGAUACUGGGCUGACCAACAGCUAUGUUGUUGCUGUAAACAACUUCAGCAUUUCCAGUUUAUUUACCACAGGUACACUGAGGAGUUCAGAACAAUAGUGCUCUUUAGGUUUAGGAGAAUCUUAAUGUCAACACCAUGGGGCAUCAGGUGAUAAUAUUCGACUUUUCAUCCAUAAGAGGCAUGUGGGAGAUUCGGGCUAAGAAGCACAAAGAAAGGCAAAAGAAGGAGAAGGAAAGAGUAGCCACAAGCGCGUUAGAAAAGAUAAGGCAAGAAUGGGACAUUAUCCUCGAGUGCAGAAGAAAAGGCAUUCCACAAGCUGCAUAUCUGAAUAAUGGUGUCGUAGAUACUAACAGGAUUUUGGAUAAGCUUGAAAACAACUCUUCUCUCAUUAAGAAGAUUGCCUUAUUGAAUGAAACGGAGAAAAAAAGAAACAAAUUUAUUUUUCAACUUUCAGGGGAGCACUGGACGCAAUUGCCAGAUUCGCUGAAAGAACAAACACAUCUAAAAGAAUGGCAUAUAAACAACACCAUGAUCGCAACCAUUCCAACCUACAUUGCCUUAUUUCAGGAGCUGAGAAUACUAGAAUUACCCUGUAACCAGAUCACAGAUCUUCCCAUUGAAAUUGGUUGUUUAAAAAACCUGAAAGAGCUCAAUGUGUGUUUUAACCGCUUGAAGACUAUCCCUCCAGAACUGGGAGACUGUGAGAAUCUGGAAAAACUUGAUUUGUCUGGAAAUCUAGAACUAACGGAGCUCCCAUUUGAACUAAGUAACUUGAAAAAAGUGACCUUUGUAGAUGUGUCAGCAAACAGUUUCCCCUCAAUUCCAAUAUGUGUGCUCCGGAUGUCAAAUUUGCAGUGGUUGGAUAUGAGCAGCAACAACCUCAAAGAUCUCCCACAAGACAUAGACAGGCUAGAAGAAUUACAGACUCUUCUCCUGCAGAAAAACAAACUGACGUAUCUUCCUCAAGCUUUGGUCAACAUGUCAAAACUCACUUUACUGGUAGUGAGCAGUGAAGGGUUGGUUCAGAUGCCCACAGCUGUAUGUGAAUCAACCACCGGCUUAAAAUUUAUAAGCCUCAAGGAUAACCCUCUCGAAACAACCUCAUUUCAAGAGAUGGAAGAAAUAAGAGAAAGUGACCGUGAUCGUGAGCUGUUUGAAAAAGAAUUUAUGAAAGCCUACAUUACAGACCUAAGAGAAAGAGAGACGGUUCCUUCCUACACUACAAAAGUAUCACUUAGUAUCCACAUAUGAGGUCUGGAAUUCAUACGUCACUGGAGAAUCCAAGGUUUAAUUUCACCAAAACAAAUGGGAAAACUUCAUCGGUAUUAAGUGCCAAUAUAAGCUCUUUAAAAAAAAGCUAUCUAUGUUUAUGGUAGUUGAUGCAUAAUGGAAGCUUCAAAUGAUCAGGCUAUCAUGGGAUAGUUAUCAUAAUAUGUAACCAUGGCUCUGUCUACCCUUAGAAAAGGUUUCUUAUACAAAAAGAGUAGAAAAACUGAUACUUUAAGAUAUGUGCUAUACUGUAAUUUCUUUAGACCAAAAAUAGGCAUCUGAAUUCUUUAAGACCUUUCUUUUGAUAGCGGCAAUUUCUGUGUAUGUGCCCUAUCUACUGGAGCACUGUAAGAACUAAAGCCUAAUUAAAGCUGUUUUUCAGAUGACAGGGUUGCUGCAAAUGCCAGGUGUCCAGAACUAGCAUAUCUGACAUUUCCAGCCCGCAAGAGGACUAUGCUGAUUCCCCUGCUGAUCAUUCUUUGGACUAGUGGGAUCAGCAUACCAUCGCUAUCAAAUCAGUGACUGUGGUGUUUGGUACCAUUUCCUAGAAGUGCCAUUUAUUUAGUGGUAUGGUCACCAGGGAAGGCUGGUGUCUGAACAUAGCUGUAGUUAAUGGCAAUUUUUCUGUAAUUGCAUCCUUGGAGAAAAGGUGAUUACUUGCAGUAAACUUGUUUACUCUGCUGUUCAGAACCUCCUCUUCCCCAUGCCACUUUGCAGUUGAAAUUACUGUCAGCAAUAGACUGUAGUCUAGAAUCCUGCAUGUAUGUGCCAGAUCUGUGCACAGUUCUGGGGUGCCCUGCAUUUUUCUCACAUCAGCUUCAGUCCUCUCCCAACUAUUAAACAACUUUUUAAACUCAGGAGAUUUUAAGAAAAUCAUUUGAAAUUGGGCACAGCUGUAAUAAAAAUGAAUUAAAACAGGACUCCCAUCCAAGAAAACGAUGAGUUCAAGGAACAGGGACUUUUUUGCUUUAAACUUCCCUGGGCUGCUUGGGAUUUAGCACAGAAACAGGGUUUACAAUUUGAGAAUGUGCUUGAGUGUAUUUUUAAAACAAUAGCCAAGAAUGUCAAUUGGGUAGAAAAGCUAGCCUGGCCAGCUCUUGUGCAUUUCACAAUAGCUUGAUAUACAGAAUUCAGUUGGUAAUUCUUAUUUUCUUGCUGUAAAAGCUAAUAAUAUAUGUAUAUUAAGAUACUGUUGAAGACACAGUUAUAGCUGCCAGUUGAAAAGUUGGCAUCCCUGAAUAUUACAGAGGGGCAGUUUUUCUGAAAAGCAGUUUUAUAAUAACAACUUGGAGAGAUAUGACAGAACUUUAAGAGAAAGAACAGCUCAAGAAACAUGUUUCAGUUUAAAAGCUAGAGUAAUAUUUAAAACUAGGCACUUUCAUUAGUAUUGAUAACUCUGAAUCACAGUUUUUUUCUGUUAUAAAAAUAUUUGCUUUGUGCAAAUGUCAUAGCCAUAACUUCACUUUUACUUAUGACAAUUUACUUGUUUUGUAAUCUGUCAUACUUUUUUUAGUGUACAGUAGACUUUUAAAAUGAUUUUGUUUUGCAUAGUCUUUUUUCAUUCAAUCAAUAAACCAUGCUGAUAACCUCUGAUAACCUCUGCAGUUAGAGUUAUUUCAUUUGUAUAACACCCAAGCAUCUAAAUGGUUACAACAUUUUGAAAAGAUAGAUUACAUUUAUAAAUAAUAAUAACCAUUAUUCAUUGGAACAAUAAUUAGUAAGGUAUACGAUAUCAAGUAUGGUUACACUGCAAAGCUAAAAACAUAGGCCUGUUGUCCCGCAGCAUUCUCAAGCAGAAGUAUCCCAGAAAAGGCCGCCUAUGCCUGCUCUGGGAGUGGGACCAUCACACCGAACAGGCGGAGGCUAUAAGUGUUGAGCCUCCACUCCCCCACGAGGGCCAGGGAGGGAGAAGACAUGAGUUUCAGGUUUCCCAGCUGUCAGAAGGCGCGGAAGACCCAGUUGUUGUUGAGUCUCAGCAAGACCUUGGGCGGGGGAGUGAGGUUGAGUCCGGGCCAGUUCCCAUGGAUGGCGCGGUCUCCGAAGAGGAGAGCGCGCCGCCCCCAGUCAGGUUGGAUGAGCCGUUGGAAGAUGUUUUGGAGGGCGCGUUGACUCCCCCUUUACCAAGUGGCUCUUGGGAUGCUUCAAGCGCAUCACCGCCCCAUGACCUUGAGCCGGUUGCUAAGGAGACAGUUCUUUUGGAUGAGCCAUUGGAAGCACACACCCCAUCACCCCGCUCUCGACGCUGUGAGAAGCGGACAGGACAGAGGCAGGACUUGCAAAGGAGUCAGAGAUUACGAUCUAAAACUUUCCCUACUUAAGACUGCAGCUCUCUGGGUUGAGCUGCUGAGUCAACUUUCUCCACACAUUGCAGAGCAUGUCUAGAGUGCAGUUAGGGAAUUCUAGUGAGCUAGCUUAGAGGUUUCUAUGAAGCGCAGUGCUUUUGAUGUAUCCAUUACUUUAAUAAAACAAGAUUUAAUUGCACCUGUAUCUCAGCCUUGUGAAUCCCGCUCUGAACAGGACAAUAAGCCAAUAUCAUUUGAAAUUUCCCACAAUUCCCAGAGUCAAGCUGAGUAGGGCAUUGUCUGGAAUUUUAAAUGAUGGCUCACAGCAACCUGCUAGGGCCACCAGGUAAGUCCAGGGGUAGGGUUCAUAGGAGAGAGCCCAUGGACAGCACUUUACUGAGGGUCCUGUCAAACCUGGAGCUGGCUGCUAAACACACUUACUAGGAAGCAUCAAUGGCUACUAGCCAUGAUGACUAUGUUUUACCUCCAACAACAACAGAAAGUGGCUAGCAUGUAAAACCGGGGGAAUAGGAGGAUGAAAAACCAAAAUGCUAGAAAAAUAAGUAUUUAUUUGUAAUCCAAGCCCAAUGCAUUUCAGCCUUUGCAUAUUUAGGCCUUCAUCAGGGGAAUAAAGGCUGGCAAGAAGUAUCUUCCAAUAAGCAAACUGCCUGGCAUUUGCAUCGGUGAAAGCAGUUUGCUUAUUGGAAGAUACUUCUUGCCAGUCUUUAUUCCCCUGAUGAAGGCCCAGAGCUUGAAAGUAACUAGUUACAAGUAACAAAUUACUUGUAAUUUAUUACUUUUUUGAGUAACGAGUGGGUAACUUCAUUACAUUUUGCUGGUAAUAGAAUGAGUAGUAACUUCAUUACUUUUGAGGAGUAAUUGUAAUGUUUCCAGCAUUACUUUUGUGCAUUACUUGGGGGGGGGAGCAGGGGAAGUCUUCUGCUCCUCUGAUUUGUGAAUAAAAAUCAUUGCUUCAAAUUGG